UCCCAACUGUUUUUCACCCUCUGUACCAUAAUCAUCACAUACACACACACAAAACCCACAUAUAUACACAUGCUAUGUAGUUUUCUUUGCAUUAAAGUAGCCCAAUCAAUUCAAGAAAUGAACAAGAUUUGUUUACUGUGAAAUUAUAGCUUUCCCAGUUGGAUAUUUUGUGGGCUUGUUAUGUUUUUCUCUAUGCAGUUGUGAAUUGACCAGUCGUUUUAGCUUAAGAUUCUGUCUUUUUCUUCUUUUUUCAAGUCUGGAUCUUUGUUGUAGUAGGUUUGAACCAGGGUGUUUACGAAUUUAAGAAAAUUCGGACUGUGUAUUGUUUGAAAAUUCGCGUAGACUUGGUUGGUGGCUAUAUAUGUAAAUUUGAAAUGGUAAGAAAGGGAAUUGAGAUGGAAGGCAGUGAGAAGUAUAGUUUCUUUAUGGAUAAUAUGCAGAAUUAUCUGAAUUUCGAAAUUUGUAAGGAGUUGAAUGAAUUUUCAGAAAUUGGAGACUUGGUUUAUAUAUAUUUAUAGGAUUUGAGGGAUUAUGUCUAUCUUGUUGUAUGAAUUUUAAGAGUGAACGCUGCUCAAGAGCGGAGGGAAUUGGUGGUCUGAAUAUACAGGGUAUUGUUUGUCUGCCAUAGGGCAUCUCUACUUCUAUAUAACCUUACCACGGAAGUUAUGAUCUAUGUUCAAUGAUGAAUUAUUUGUCCCCAACAUGGAUGAUAUCUCCACAGUCGACGGCUUUGUGGAGAUAACUGAAUGUGUGGCAGAGAUGCUAAAGUACUUGGCUAAUGAACCCUCUGUGGGCCUUUUCUAUGUCCAGCAGCAUACACAAAAUUCGGUGCCUAAUCUUGUUAGUCUUAGAAAUAGUGUGGAGGACAAGUCUCGUGAGAUGACUUUGCAUACGGAAGAUUCCGGGGAAUCUAUGAUCAUGUUAAGUUCAAUGAAAGAAUGUGGAUCCCCCAUCGUCGAUGAGAUGAUUAGAGACAUUAAAAAUUCUCUAACUAUUAUGUCAACAAAGCAGCCCAAAAGGGGCUUGAUUAACAACCCAAGAUCACUUUUUCAAAUAGGAAGAACUAGCUCCUGGGGUCCAGCUGCUUGGGGUCGUAAUGAAGUUCCAUUGGAACAAGAAGCUGAAAGUAGUAGUAGUAGUUAUUUUAGUACGGUUUUCAAGUCUGCAAAAGAAAGAGCUGCCAGCUUGAAAUGGGUUCAAUCUGAUUCUGAGGGAUCAGUCAAUGGGAAGGGUGAAAAUCUGCUACCUGCUCAUGAUACGACAUUGCAAUACGCUGUUCCCAGCACCGCUUCAGCAAUGCUCGAGGAACCAAUGCUAUCAAGUAAGAUUUCUAGUGGAUCACAAGAAAUGUCUGAAACUGGUGAUGGCUUGUCAACUAAUUUAUUGUCCUUAUCAAAAAGCUUUGAUGAGUUUAAGGCUGAAAGAGAAGCUAAACUAGAACAAUGGUUACAGCAGACUAGUGAUCAGGAUGAUCAGUUGGGAGAGACCAAUGCAGAGAAGCUUUAAGAGACUGUUACAAGCAGCAAAUUAUUGGUCCUUAAACAAUGUUGUUUUUGUACUUGUUUUCUCAUUAUAUGAAACUAGAAAUAGAAAUACUCAGAUUCUUUAUUUUUCCCGAAAGAGGAAGCUUUAUGAACAUAUUUGUUGCUGAUAUAUGAUUUGUUUCCUGAGCUUUAGCAAA